AUGUCUCUGGAAUCAAUCGAUCGCGCAGUUCGAGGACAGAAUAAAUGCGAAACUAUGGAAAACGCUAUGGAAAAUUAUGAGCGAUCAUCAAAACACCUUGUCAAUGAGAGUAUUAUGAAUAGUAGCAUUGUCGAUAACGAGCGUUGGCUGUCGGCCCUUUGGAGUCGCCGCAACGAUUUGGGGCAACACUUUCUUCAUGUACUCGAUGUACAAAUCGGAAGACAUGUAUUGGUGAUAGUCCACCAAGAUCUCAGACGGAUGACGAUUCGGAAUAACAAUAUCAACGGAUCCUGGGAGUACUCAGUCAAACUUUAUUCAAUAAAAAUUAAAAUAAUAUUUCGCGUAAUGGCAACGCUCCACAACAAAUUUGGGGCGAUUAUACAGGAUGGAAUCGUUGAGGGACAGAGAUUUGCACUCAGUUCGGAUUUGUGGAGGUACGCCUCCACCUCCACCCACUGUGAUCUUCUCAUCACUAUGAAAUUCUCGGAUGAUGACGUGGAAAACAAGACAUCCGUGAUGUGGUUGGUACAACAGAUGAGAGAACAUGAACCGAAUUUACGGAUAGAAGUCAGAUACCACAGAUUGAAUAGUUGUUAUGCGAUUUAUUUGACGGCGGAUUAUAAGAGUCUCCUGAAAGGCGCCGAAUUGUGUCACAUCAAGAAAGCAAUAAAAUCGAAAUUUGGCGGUGGAAUGCGAGAUUUCUCAUUUGAAGAAGCCCAGUUUUUUGCUGGAGUAGAAGGAAAGAACACCUUUUUAUCUCCGAUGGAACGGACAAUAAUUGUAAAACAAAUGGUUGAUAUGAUGAGAGCUGGAAAAGGAGGAUUAUCUUUGAAACUUCCAAGGAGGACGAUUACAUUCACUGAAGGGAUUGCAAUAGUUCCACGACUGAUAUCAAUGAAUGUAGUGCAGAAUGUAUCUGCAUUACAUAACACGGAGUAUCUGAAACAUCUUCAACAGAAAUGGGUGGCUUCGUUGGGAGAGCAACCGAUUGAUCAGGUCAAAGACUACUUUGGAACUGAAAUUGCCAUGUAUUUCGCGUGGUUGGGUCAUAUGACAACUGCUCUGUGGUUUCCAUCACUUCUCGGGAUUCUUAUGUGGUUUUUGGGUGGAUUCAAGUACAAAAAUAAUCCAGGAGAUAAGCAGGAUUUGUAUCAGCUGAUCUCCGACAUCUGCUUCGUCCUAUUUGCUUUCUUCAACUGUAUCUGGUCGACAAUUUAUCUUGAAUGGUGGAAACGAGUACAAGCUGAAUUAGCAUUCAAAUGGGGAACUUAUGAUGCAACUCAAGAUUCAUAUCUACAAGAUCCAAGACCUGCAUUUGCUGGAGACUACUUGGCUCCUAAUCCAGUAUCCGGGCGGAUGGAACCAUUCUAUCCGGCUUGGAAGCAUACUGUAGUGAGAUAUGUCAUCACCUACCCCAUCACUUGUCUCUGUGUUGUUGGAAUGUUUGUUGCCAUGUUGGCUAUCUUCACUGUUCAAGAUCUUGCUGACUUUUACUUUGCCGAAUCCUUCUUCUUCCACUGGAUCUGUUACCUUCCAAUGAUUGUCUACGCGUUGAUGAUUGUGAUUAGUGACAAGAUUUAUAGACGGCUCGCUUUGGUUCUAAAUGAUUGGGAGAACUACCGUACUGAUGAUGAAUAUGAGGAUUUUCUGAUAACGAAAAUUGUGUUGUUCCAAUUUGUCACUGCGUUCGGGUCACUUUUUUAUAUUGCAUUUGUGUUGAGGGAUAUGAAACGGUUACAGGAGACUCUUGCCACCCUCCUCAUUACCCGCCAAGUCACCCAAAACAUCAUGGAAACUGUGGUCCCAUUCAUGAUCGAAAAGUUGAAAUUGAGCAGUUUAACGUACAAAAUGACACGAAGCAUGAGUGAUGGAACAUUGAGAAGACACGUGGAGAACGUGAGGAACAAAAGACAAAGUUCCGUGGAGCAAGAGGAAGAAAUGAGUCCGAAACGGAGCCCAAUCGGAUCAUUUUUUAGUUUGGGAUCUCCGAUGGAAGGGGAAUUGAGGGAGAGGAAGAAACAUGAUGAAGGAAAACUAGAGACAAAUGAUAUGAAGCAGCUUCGAACACUUUCAUCGAUAUUCCGAGAGGACUUCUCACUGAAAACAGAACGUCUUCCACUUCCAGAAUUCAAACCAUCAAAUGAUUCGAAUCCAGAAUUGACACAAGCUGAACUGGAGAGUGUCAUGUCUGUGUAUGCACGUCCACUUGACGAUUUUCUCGAAAUGUUCAUUCAAUUCGGAUAUGUUUUAUUGUUUUCCCCUGCUUUCCCGUUGGCUGCCGUAUGUGCAUUGAUCAAUAAUUUGAUCGAGAUUCGAGUGGAUGCAUUCAAGCUGUGUAACACUGUACAGAGGCCGUUUGGAAGGAGGGUUAAGGAUAUUGGAGCAUGGCAGAAGGCUAUGGAGCUUCUCGGAAUCCUCGGCGUCAUUGUCAACUGUGCCCUUAUCGGUCAAUCCGGUCUUGUCCAGAGAAUUUGGCCAGACUUAUCAUGGGGAGGCCAGAUAUUGAUUGUUGUGGUUUUGGAGCAUGUCAUUCUUGCAUCAAAGAUGAUUAUUGAUAUUCUGGUACCGGAUGUUCCACAUUGGGUCAGAAUUGAGACGGCGAAGCAGGAACAUUUCAGAAGGGAGGCGUUCAAGAGGGAAUCCCGCCUACUUUCCCAUACCCAAACUCCGUCAUCCGACCAACUUCAAUCUUCGAAUAACCAACAAGAACCGACUACACCAGAUGCUGCAUCGAGGUUCAAUCGAUUGGAUCAGAUCAAUAGAUCAAAGAGGAGAAGUAUCACUCCGAUGGUCAGAUUAUCCAGUUUCACAAGGAAACCAAGGAACGAGGAUAAUUGUAUCGAUUGA